UCACACUGAUGACAAUUCAUUUUUUAUAUGAUUGGUAUUAAAAAUCCAGUUUAUAGUUUACAUAUGCAUAUUUACACUUAAUAAGAGUUUGUUUUAAUCUAAAACAGCAUCAUGAUAAUUACAGUAAAAAAUCUUCAACAGCAAACUUUUACUAUUGAGUUCUCGCCAGAAAAAACGGUUUUAGAACUAAAGAAGAAAAUAUUUGACGAACGCGGUGCAGAAUAUGUUGCCGAAAAGCAAAAGCUGAUUUAUGCUGGCGUCAUAUUGACCGAUGACAGGACGGUUGGUUCAUACAAUGUGGGAAAAAAAUUCAUUGUAGUGAUGUUGACACGCGAUUCAUCUGCAUCCGGUUUGAAAUCGAAUCAACGUCGAUCAAAGGAAAGUGAAUGUGAAAUAGGAACAAGCACCAACGAUUCAAAGGAUAACAUAGCUUCAAAAACAGUGAAUACUAGUACCACGUCUGGUACUAGUACUACUAGUAAUACAGAUGUCUUACCAUCAGUUUUGACACCCGAAACCUCAACUCCUAGCCCUAUAUCCAGUAACGACUUGGUUGGAGAUUUGGCAAACGCCUCCUUGCAAUCCCGCGCGGAAUCCAACUUGCUAAUGGGUGAUGAAUACAACAAAACUGUUUCAUCAAUGGUGGAAAUGGGUUACCCUCGGGAACAGGUUGAACGCGCGAUGUCUGCCAGCUAUAAUAACCCUGAGAGAGCCGUUGAGUACCUUAUCAAUGGAAUUCCCGCUGAGGAGGAACCCAUUUUUAAUGUCGAUGAGUCACCAAACCCUAGUUUAAUACCUUCUGGACCACAAAAUGUGUCUGCAUCUGUCGAUCGUCCAGCAGAAUCAAAUGCAGACCCCUUCGAAUUCUUACGCAGCCAGCCACAGUUUAUUCAAAUGCGCUCUUUAAUAUAUCAGAAUCCCCAGCUUUUGCAUGCAGUAUUGCAACAGAUUGGACAGACAAACCCAGCUCUUUUACAACUAAUUUCUGAGAACCAGGACGCGUUUCUUAAUAUGCUAAACCAGCCAAUUGAAAAUGAAUCCGAAUCGAAUGAUACAGUACCCCCAGCUUCUACUGCACGUUCGCAGUCAAACUCUGCGCAGAUUGAAAGUCAGUUUUCCUCAGAUCUGGAAGGGGCUGUUGCUGUACAGAGAUCAACCGCUGGAGCCAACGUAUUACAUAGAGGAGACAAUGCACCGGAAACCGAAGACUUGGAACAACCUUUAGGAGUCUCAACCAUACGCCUAAAUCCCCAAGACAAGGAUGCAAUAGAACGGCUUAAAGCACUUGGAUUCCCAGAAGCACUUGUAUUGCAAGCUUAUUUUGCAUGUGAAAAGGAUGAGGAACUAGCAGCUAAUUUUCUGCUUUCGUCUAGCUUCGAUGAUUAGGCCGCCAAAAUGUAAAAAUGUAUACCUUUACAAAUACCGAAAUCGUUACAAAUAACACUAGAACUCCGUAAACCGGUUGUAAAGAAAUAAAUCAAAUAAAUGUAUGAAAUGUAAUCAGA